AUGCCCGUAGGCAUUGAAGCGUGGCUCACUCAGAUUCCACCCGUCACAAGGGCGUGGCUUGCGCUUUCUGUGUUGACCAGUUUGGCUGUGCAAUGUCAGCUUGUCACCCCGCUGCAGCUGUAUUUUAGCUUCAAGAGCGCGUUUACCAAUGCGCAGCCCUGGCGAGCGGCCACGACGUUCUUCUACUUUGGGUCGAUAUCGCUGGACUUUGUAUUCCACAUGUUCUUUUUCAUGCGAUAUAGCCGUAUGCUCGAAGAAUCGUCGUUCGCCAACCGCACAGCCGACUACUUCUGGCUGCUCCUGACCUCCUCCGCCAUGCUCCUCAGCCUAUCACCCCUCGUCAACCUCCCCUUCCUCUCUUCCUCUCUCGCCUUCGUGCCCAUCUACCUCUGGUCGCGCCGGCACCCAUCCACGCCCAUCUCGCUCUUCGGCCUCUUCACCAUCUCCGCACCGUACCUCCCGCUCGCGCUCGUCGCGUUCUCGUGGAUCAUCAGCGGGACGUGGAAGGCGGCGGCGGGGGACCUGCUCGGGUGCGCGGUGGGCCACGUGGGCUGGUUCGUGCGGGACGUGUGGUCGCGGGAGAUGGUGGGUGGGCGGACGGUGUUGAGUGAGGCUCCUGAUGUUUUGUGA